UAUAUCCCUGGCCUGGGGAGCGGACUCUCGGGUCACCUGCUGUGCUGGAGUGAAACAGGCACCGAGGAAGCCCCUGGGAGUUUGCCGGCUCUUCUUCUCUCUGUCAGGACUCGCCACCCCCCACCGCCACCAUGCCUUUCGGGAACACCCACAACAAGUACAAGAUGAACUUCCCAGCUGAGGAAGAGUUCCCUGACCUGACCAAGCACAACAACCACAUGGCCAAGGCCCUCACCUUCGACAUCUACAAGAAACUGAGAGACAAGGAGACCCCCAGCGGUUUCACCCUGGACGACAUCAUCCAGACAGGCGUGGACAACCCAGGCCACCCCUUCAUCAUGACUGUGGGAUGCGUAGCCGGCGACGAGGAAUGCUACACCGUCUUCAAGGAACUGUUCGACCCCAUCAUCCAGGACCGCCAUGGUGGCUACAAACCCACAGACAAGCACAAGACGGACCUCAACCAUGAAAACCUGAAGGGUGGAGAUGAUCUGGACCCCAACUAUGUGCUCAGCAGCCGUGUGCGGACUGGCCGCAGCAUCAAGGGAUACACCUUGCCCCCCCACUGCAGCCGUGGGGAGCGCCGUGCCGUGGAGAAGCUGUCUAUUACCGCUUUGAACAGCCUGACUGGAGAGUUCAAGGGCAAAUAUUAUCCCCUGAAGAACAUGACGGAUGCGGAGCAGCAGCAGCUGAUCGAUGACCACUUCCUCUUUGACAAGCCCGUCUCCCCCCUCUUGCUGGCCUCCGGCAUGGCCCGCGACUGGCCCGACGCCCGGGGCAUCUGGCACAAUGACAACAAGACCUUCUUGGUGUGGGUGAACGAGGAGGACCACCUCCGGGUCAUCUCCAUGCAGAAGGGCGGCAACAUGAAGGAGGUCUUCCGCCGAUUCUGUGUCGGGCUGCAGAAGAUUGAGGAGAUCUUCAAGCAAGCUGGCCACCCCUUCAUGUGGAAUGAGCACUUGGGCUAUGUCCUGACCUGCCCGUCCAACCUGGGCACCGGCCUCCGUGGGGGUGUCCACGUCAAGCUGCCUCACCUCAGCAAGCACCCCAAGUUUGAAGAGACCCUGAAGCGCCUCCGCCUGCAGAAACGUGGCACAGGUGGCGUGGACACCGAGGCCGUGGGUGCUGUUUUCGACAUCUCCAACGCUGACCGCCUGGGCUCCUCCGAGGUGGAGCAGGUCCAGCUGGUGGUCGACGGGGUGAAGCUCAUGGUAGAGAUGGAGAAGAAGCUGGAGAAAGGCCAAGCCAUCGAUGACAUGAUCCCAGCCCAGAAGUGAGGCCUGCCGCGCUGCCCACCCUGUGUGCGGACGCUGGGGCUUGGACUCCAGGGAGAGGGGUGACCCCUCAAAAAAAAACACACAACCCCACCCAUUCCUGGCAAGCAGCAGUUCUCUCACUUCCUCCCGUCUCCUCUCCAGGGGAGGUGGGGGGCCUGAGAGGGGGAGGCUGCCCCCGGGAAGAAGCUAUUGCCCCCUGAACCAUCGUGGAAGGAGUUAAUAAAGCUAAGGGUGGCCCCCAG